AUGGCGGACGAAAUUGAAUUUGUCAGUGAUGAAGAGGUUCCGAAGAUAGAAAAAGUCAAGCGAAAGACUGUUUCGACGAGUAAGUUUCGUUUUUCGCUGCAAUUAAUUUUGUAACGGAAGUGUUUUGGGCCAUUCUCUUUUGGUUCUUUCUUUACUGCGUAGAUCAUUGAAAACCCGUGAGCCAAAGUUGUAUACACAUGUGCUUUAUGUACGGUUAGCUCAGCUGAUUCCUUAAAGGUUGCUUAGUGCAUUGGGAUCUGGUAAUUGGACACCGGGUAUUUGAAGGUCACUGCAAUAAUUUACUUCAGUGACCACGAAAAAAAGCUGCCCAGUGCGCAGUUUCCAAAGCAGCCUCUAUUGAAUCAGCUGUAAGCUUAAUUAGUCCUCAUCAUGCAUAAUUAAUGCUUAUUGCUCCUUAUCUUCAUAUUGUCAGAGCAGGCACAUUUUGAUUAUCCUGUGAUCUCCUGUGAUAAAUAUUUUUUGGUUUUCGGUCAUCAGUGUUAACAACUACACAAUCCACACCUACAAUUUUUACGAAGAUGCCAACCUCUCAGGAGAUCUGAAAUCUGGAGACUGUCUCUUUUGCAGUACCCCACUCCCCCAAAUCGACCCCCUUGGAGUGGAGUAUCCCACCCCACUGGCAUUGGUGCUCAACGUAUGAAGCAUUUAAGCAAUAGAAAACGUUUUCCGUGUUUGCACUGCCUGAUAUAAACAUGAGAGGCGUUCAAUGAGAAUUUGAGACAGAAUUCUCCCAACCCCUCGAGUGUUUAUAUCAGGCUAUCCAAACACAGAAAUUUCCCGAGAAAAAACGCAAAACUCUUUGUUAUGGCACUGAUUAAAAGAGAAACUCUUACCAGUCGCAAAGUCUUGUACACUAAGUCUUGCACUCAAAAUCAGUUCUUCUUUUGCAAAAAGAUGCUAUCCAAAAUACGGAUUUUUUGGCUUAAAAUGUCAGCUUAAGCGAAAAAAAAAAAAAAUGAAACAGCUUGUUUGUAAAGAUUUUCCAAGUUUCAUCAGACCAGGGAAUGGGUAAAUAAAGUAAACUUGUUGAGUUAUUAAAUAAAAAAACUUUUUUCUAAUUCGUGCCUGCGUGAUAAGCGCGCAAAAAAACAAAACAUCUUGACGUCACAACCAUGUUUACAUGCUCACAUGCAAACACUCCUCUCGGUCGAUCAGAACGUACGUACUAUCUUAGUUAUUUUAUAAAAAUAAAUCUACCCAUUCAAACCACAAAGUAAGAGCAAUAGAUCUUAAGCAGACCAGGCAAAUGGGUAAAACAAGUAUGGGGUUAGUGUGGGACAUUAGGACUCCCUCUGAUGGGUUUUCGUAAAUUGUACCCUGAUACAUGUAGGUCUUGGUGAUUGUGAUACCCCAGUCAGUGGAUCAACAGUCUAUGGAUUUCAAACUCCCAAGCGACGUGGUGCGUUAGCACAGGCUGGUGAGUUUGCCUGUAAUUACAGUAUUUAUUAUCAAGUUUUGAAAACUCAUUUAAUUGGGGUAGUUGCAGAUUGGUAGAGAACAUGGUAGGGAGAAAUGAGUGGUGGUUGGAUAAAAACGGGAGGGGGGGGUGGGGGGCAGUUGAUCAGCUAGGUUCGGGUGAUGUGUGCUGUUCUGACCUCCCCUGGUUUAUGACAUUCGGGACCUUACGAUGCGACAAAGGCUACUGAUGUCCAGGAAAAGGUUGCUGAAAAAUAGACUACACAUCCUUUAAACUUUUUUGUGAUUAUCCCAAUUUGCCCUGUUACUUAAAACAAGUCCAAGUUCAGACAGACAUGGUAGAAUUCUUCGCUUUGCCGUUCCCGUUCUCAAGUAAAGUUAAAAUUUGGUCACUUCAUGUCGUAGUUGUGCAGGGGCAGCAAAGGAAUGUAUAAAAAAGCGAGAUGCAUGUGCAGAGUUGUUUUGUCCAUUAAACCUAUUGCUUUUCUCCUUGCCAUCGCCAUCGUAGUUUCGUAAGGUCCCUAUUUUAUGCAUAGAGACAGCUAGGGCAUGACACUAGCACUAAUUCCGAUCUAGCUGGUCCCCAAAACCAUUAGACAGAGGUGCCUCCCAUAUUAAUGACACUGCAGGCAAAAGCAACCAAAAGACAGUCUGUUUAUAAACAGCACUCAAGUGUGCCAUUGGAAUAAAAGUAAUUUUUGUUUCCCUGCAGAUCAUUUCCAUAUAAUUCUACCCUUGAUAACUGCAGUGAACCAUGUUGAAAAAAAAAACAAAACAAAACAAAACAAAACAACAACGAAAAAAAAAAAACGGUGUAGUGAAAUCCGAAACAUUGAGAAAAUAACAAAACAAGAAAAAACAAACAAAACAAGAAUUCUUGGUGUCAAUUCUUUGUUUUUACUUUUUUGUCAAUCCAGUGCAAAUUCAGUGUCCUUCCCAGUAUAUUAAUCAAGCUUUGUUGCUUAUAAUUCUUUUUUCAAAAUAUUAAUCAAUAUCUUCUUUGCUGUGAAGUGAAGUGUGCAUGAUAGUUGCAUUCCUCCCCCUGAUCCUAUCAGAAAUGCUAAAGUAUUAUCUGAAAUUUCACAUCAAACCCACAAUCGUGUGUAAUUUAAUAAAAAAGACCAUCUAAAUGCCACAAAGAGUCCUGUACAUUUAUAAUUAUAGUAAAUGAAAAUUUUGCCAUCUAAAGAUGGAAAUCCGGAUGGAAGGGGGGGUGUUUGAAGUUGGAAAUCCUGAGUGGAGGGGGGGGGGGGCAGUUUUGGAAAUCCGGGAGGAAGGAGGGGACUAAAAAGUGUGCCUUCCAUCGUGGGGGUGUGGAUUUUUCCUUAAAUAACCCAUUUGCUUAUUUCCUUAAGUAUUCCCAAGUUUUUGCUUCGAAACUCCCGAUAACUCCAACCUUCCAGGGAUAGUUUGAGGUAUGGGGAGUCGACUUUGUAUAUCAUAUAUGAUAAUAAAUUUGUGAUUUUUUAUUAAUUCAAGUUGUUUAAUAGAUAAACAAUAAAAUAUAUUUUCCUGUAUUCAAAAAUGUUGUCUUGGUGACUGAUAUUGGUACUGUUUAUUUGGGUGGAUAUUUUUCUUUUUUUUUCUUUUACAAAUUUGAAAUGUUAUUCGUCAAUCCAAACUUGAACAUUCUGAAGGAUUUUUAGAUCUGCUAUCAUUACGUUUUUAUGUUUAUAUUAAAAUGUGUUUUUCAGCAUCCUCAGCAAUACAUAACAAAACACCAGCCCAUGCUGCAACAACAAGCAAGAGGACAAAAACCCCAAAAACUACGAAUCAAAAAGGUAAAACAGCCUUUACUGUAACUACUUGGUAAUCAUGAAAAGUUAGUUCAGCCAACUCAGCUUUUUGAUGACUUCAGACUGCAGACUUGAGAAAUAUUUGAAGAGGUCAUAUUGUUGUUUGGCUUAUAAUUUAUUAUAUUUUAUACAACUACAUGAGAAACUUCUGCAAUUUGAUUGGCUUGGAGCAGUGGUAUUUCAGCUUAAUUUGAAAUGCCUACAAUGUGAAAAUUACAAACCUUUUGUCAGUGGUAGUAGUAUAAACAAACAAUAGCAUAAUUUGUACGGAUAUUUGGCACAAUACCACUUGUGAUAUUUCAAAAUUGUCUCAAAUUUCACUUGUGUAACGGCUCGUGAAAUUACGUAUGACAGUUUUGAAAUAUCACUGGUGGUAUUUAUGCUAAAAAUCACUACAAAUCUAUUACACAUACAAAUACAUUGUUUUCAUGUAUUGAUAUGUUACCAGCUUUAAAUGUGUCAACAUUCUUUUGUUUGAAUGAUAUUAUUAUCUAGUAAUAAAAAUGUGACGUCUUGUUUAAAUGUCUGUCAGUAAGUGGCAGUAUAACAGGGGCACCCAACGAGAAUAUAGUUCAAAACCACUUAAACAUAGAAUUGUUAAACGUAUUUUAGUAUUUCAACGGUAGAGAUAAGCAUAUUUUUAUCCCCUACAAAUUUUUCACCAGUUCGGAUUUCCUAGCUGAAAGUCUAAUGAUCCGAAAAUUAUAGGGAUCAAAACUUACCUUUUCGAAAAUUUCAGCCAGAAAAAAGGCUCCCGAAAAUUCUAGGUGACCUUUUUAGGGUAAAAAUCCGUUAAAAAUAGGCAAUUAUACCAUUUUUUAGAUGUUCGAAAACCCUAGGAGAGGCAGGCAAACAAGAAAUUGUACAACAAAUGUUCCGAAAAUUCUAGAUCUCAAAUCGUCUUCCGAACAGAUAUUUUUCCGAAAAUUGUCGUUGGGUGCCCCUGGUAUAACUUUAAACAUAUACAUCCAUUUUUUUGCCCUGGGCCCAUAAAUAAUAUUGUUUUGUUUUAUAUACCUUUGUUUAAAUGUAACAAAUAAAUGGCAAUAAAAUCUAUGGGUCAUUAAAGCACAUUGAUCACCAUAAAAGAAAAGACAAAAAAUAUUAUUGUUUGCGACCCCAUCUUCUAAUAAUUACCCCCUCUCCCAUUCUAGUUUUUGCCUUGAAGUAAAAUAUGCUGAAAUGACAUAUUCUCUCCUUGGGGGGUGAUGGGGGAGUGGUGGGGGGGGAUCGUAAACAGAUGACAUUCAAAUGAAUGGAUAUGCUUUGUAUCAGUGCUUCGUUCAUUUUUAGUUCUUUUGUUUUGUUAGGUUCAGGUGCUAGAAAUACUGUCUCAGCUUCUGAAGGUGAUGAGGUAAUCUCAUUUUGUAAGGAAACAAAAAAUGUUCAAUUAUUUUUAGAGGGCCUGAGUAGUGAAAAAUAAAGUAGCAUCAUUUUCAGAUUCUUUUUGGUAGAAAGAUCACACAAAUAUUUACUUUUCAGUCUUCUUGUUGGAAGAAAUUUGAUUCUCAGCUGAAUUUUUCCCAAGCUGAGAUAUCUAAAUGCACAUGAGACAAUGGUCCUAUUUAUUUCUAUAAUCUGUUCAUUCCUAUAAAGUUUUCAAUUAGGGAGCGUGCUGUCCAUGGUUUUUCCUUUACUAGGGUCAACCCAAAAAUUAAUCCUUCUCUAAGAUGACUGUGGAAAUGAAGACUAGGGCUUUUCUAGAAAACGUUUAUGGAAUAACCUAAAAGUUCUGAACACGUCUUGUUUUGCUUUUUUUUGUUGAAACAAAGAAAAUUUCUUCAAGUUUAUUGAACAAGAAAACUCGUUUCAAAAAGAUCUAUCCCCAAAACAUGUUGAUGAGGCCUAUCAGGAGCUAAAUUUUUGUGUUUUGUUUUUGGGGUUCUGUGGGGGUUCCAUUCGACUGUCUUAUUCUUCGACGUCUGAAACCAAGUCGUGCUUGUGUCGGUGCAGUCGGCUACAGAACAGACCACCGCAAGAAAGUCCAAAAGAAAUCGCAAAUUUUCUUCCCGUUUUCAAAUUUAUUGUUCAUGGGGUAUAGAAAACGUUUAUAAAAGUUCUGAACACGUCUUGUUUUGGGGAGUCAAUGUUGCUCUUGAAAAGCAACAGGUCAAAAAUUGAACCAUGUCGGGGGUGGGGCAGUGUUUGUUUUCGCGUGUUUAGACCACCCAAGAAAGACAGAAAUCCAAAUAUUGCCGGGGGUCAUGUAACGUCAAAUUGAACCAUGUUUAAAGAAUCUAAUUUGACGCUAGGAUGUUGCAUUUUUUUCUUGGUAACGAAACCAAAGAAUCUGAGAUCGAGAAUCAUAUCUUUCAGUCUCCCAAAGAAAAGCAAUUUUUUCAAUUGUAAUUGAGCAUUAACGCCUUACUUUAUACUUUAGGCAGCUGGAAGUUCUCAAGAUGAACACAAUGUUAGCGGAUAUUCUCUACGUCACCGGAGAAAAGCUGUGCUUUUAAAAGGUCUUUGUUUGUUUUCGUUCUCUUCUUUCCCAUACACACCCUCGUUGCUUUGUCUAAGUUAAAUCCAUUUGCCCCUGAACUUUACACUCGUAAACACCAUUUGAAGCUGCUUUCAGAAGCCUUAUUUUAUCGCACUUUUCUGGUCAAAAAACGAUAAAAAAUGUGGUUUGCAAAUGCGUUUUCAUAUAAUUUAGGGGUCAUGGCGAACCUAAAACUGGACUAAAGCUUGUUUAAUGAGUAUAUAUGAAGUAUUUUGAGGUUUGUGAAUGUCCUAAAAAAAUCCUCCCCAAUCCCUUCUUUCUCAUUUCUCCUCGCCAUUUAGCUUUCCUUUUGCUGCUCUCUCUCCAGUCGCUCGCGGUUACUAUUUUGGCGGGUAUUUGAGUUAAGCGGGGGUGCUCCCAUCAUCCCCUUCUCAUCCCCAGCUCUCGCGCUUCACGCAUGUCAACACUAGCGACGGAAUCGGAAGCGACAUCGUAAGAGCGCUUAUGACCUGGUGAAAAUCAAAAUAUUGGAGUCGUAAGCGGAGUCGUAAGAUGCGACGGAAUCGGAGUCAGAAGAAUAAGAACGUUUCCUUUCCUUCCGACUCCGCUUACGACUCCGUCGCUUGCGUUCCGCUUAUGAUCUAGUGAAAACCAGAUUGUCAGAGUCGUAAGCAGAAGUUAAACGGAAGGAUAAACCAAUCACAAUGCACAUUCCCACGCUUCGUGAUUUGUUUGGUUCUUCCGCUUCUGCUUCCGACUCCGAUAAUACGGUUUUCACUAGAUUAUAAGCGGAACGUAAGCGACGGAGUCGUACCGGAAUCGGAACGCUGUUUUUACUAGAUCAUAAUCUCUGCCCUUUUGAUUACGACUCUGACUCCGACUCCAUCACCAGUGAAAACCAGCCUUAAGCCUUAGGAGAGCCUGUAGAAAGACAGCUUUUGCUGAGUUUUUCAGAACUAGUUAUAUAAGAUAAGAACCAGUGAGUAUUAAUGGGAAAACUAGACCCACUAGUAUUGACAUCAAUCAGUGUUUUGUUUUCAUAUUUCGUUAGGCAUUCAGCGAGAAUCAGAUUCAGAAGACUCUGACAGUGAACGUGGGGAAAUUGAUGAUACCCCGGCAUCAAGGUAUCGAUUAGUACGUAUGAUUAGUUUUAAUAGUUUCAGUGGUGUCCCUCGAAAUUGUCAUGCAUACUACAUGUGUAAAAACAACCAAAAACUUUGUUGGUUAGAAGUUACCCUCGGUACGAUAGGGAUUUUUCAUGCUAUAAGCCUUGAUCGAAACCGGAAACUGUACAUAAAAAGUCUCUGGCACCCGGGGUAGUUAGAAGUGUUCCCUCAAGCGACUUGGAAGAGCCAAACUUCCGGUUGCCAUUCAUGACGUCAACGUUGUCGUUACUCAAGCUCACUAACUUUUGUUUGAACCAUAAAAUCCGCAACAUAUACUGUAUGACAAUGGCAAGUUUACAGACUUUUGAUGGAGGAUUGCAUAUGGCCAGUCCCCUCAGGUUUCUGCCGUUUUCGGGCGCUGCUGUAUGGCGGGUCGGGCAGCAUCGGCCCACACAAUGUUGGUAUUCUAUCUGACAAAGGUGACACCAUCAGGCGACGCGUCAGGGAGGCUUCUGCCAUCAGGCAAAGAAUGAAUGUCCUCUGAAUGGGGACUAGGGACCGGACCUAUCGGCCAUUUGCAAUCCUCUAUUGGAACACGUAACCACUCUUCUGUUACAUAACAUGACAUUUUACAUCGUUGACGAAGUUCGAGCGAUUCGAACGAAAUAUUAGAUUUUGUUUUUACAUUGGCAUGUUGCUCUGAGUUUUAAAAUUUGUAUAGUAUGGGUGGAAUGUGACUGUCAGGGUAGUGUAUUACUCAAUAGGACUGUUGUUGACAAUGGCUGACAGUUCUCCCCCAAUACAAUUUCUUACGGUAUCACGCGCGGAUUCACACCAGUCCAGUCCACCGUUUUACGAAAAUCGGUCAGAUUUUUCAUAAAGAAAUAUAUUUGUAAUGAAAAAAAAAAACUUUCCAAGUUAAAAUCUGGCCAAUAUUCAGUCUGAAUGACAGGGAAACCCAAGAAAAGGUGACUUUAGAGAGUUAAAAUUCAAAACAUUUCCCGGAAAAUGCCCCCGGACCCCCCUACAAGCUUGCGCCUUUGUUGCUCGUUUGGGAAAUCGGUCAGUUUUUAUCCUAGAUCCGCGCCUGGCUAUAUGCUUUUUAACAGUAAACUCUUUGGUUAAAAUUAAUUUACGUUGUUUCUUAUAUCGCAGAAUUUUCAGCCAAGUUUCGAAUGGAUGCACAGACAAGGUAAAGCUGCGGCAUUUAUAUGAGAUUAACGUGUUUAUAAUCACCGUGGUGUAGUAAUUUCGGUUGGCGUAGCGCCGCUACGUGCCCCGGGGGCAGGCCUUUGGUUUACAAGGGCUUGAGUCUUCAAUUCACUAUUUGGCUUCUUUAACGGAGUGUGUUUUUGAACAGGAACACUUCAAAAGAGCUUGAAAGUUGGGAUGAAAAUCUAAUUUCACGUUUUUAGUUGAAAAAAUUACUGAAAUUUGAACGCUUACGAAAUGAAUCAAGGUUGUAGAAUGAUGUCUCUUAUCUUAAACAGGAUAGAGAAGGGUGGGAAAGGCCUCGGCGGCUCAGCUCUUCCUAAACUACCCUUGAGUUCGCCCCCGGAGAACGGCACUUUUAACUAAACUAACCGAUCGACGGUAUUGUUGUAACUGUGUGUAAAAUAUAAGAUACGUGGGAGUCGGGGAGGGGGAAGGAGGUAUGGGUUAGAGGUUUAGGGUUAGGGUUUGGGUCAAUUUUUAAGGUUUAAUAACUUUACUCCUUUAAUGUGUUAUUUAUCAGAUCGAGGAUGCACGUGAAGAAUACUUUGAACAGCAAAGCUCCAAGUGCGUCACAUCAGAUCACACUCUUUCAAAGCUAAAUAUGCCUCGCAUGGAUCAACAGGUGAUGAUACACUGCCUUGUUACUGCUACAUUGAUAACUUGCGUUUUGUUACAGUAAGUUACUGUUGGAAAAGUAAUUUUAAAAAUUAGGUUGCGAAAACCCUGGUUUGAUCAGCACCUGUGUACAUGGAUGUAGUGUCUGCAAGGGAAUUCAUAUUUUUAGUAAGAUUUUUAAAAAAAAAAUUACUGGUACUAACAAAACAUUUUGAACAAAAAACUUUGCCAUUGACAUAAAGUCAAAACUGGUUGGAAUAGAUAGCCUGCUCUUCGGGGCGCUCUGGCGGCGGGGCGGGAAAAGGAAGCAGAGCUUGCAACUGCGCCUCUGCAAUUUGAAUAUCUGCUUCAAAAAAGUCGUCGCGAAAUGCUGAUUGGCGGAGAUGACAUUAGUAAUGGCGUCGUUACCCUUGGCACGUGCUUUCACGUGGUUUUCAAUGUUUGUUUAUAUUCGCGCUCGUUUCCGCUUCGCGCCAAUUUGUCUGAAAUCUGACAGCUCAGGGGACGCGGGAAUUGGAGGCGUGACUCAAAUUCCAGAGACGUAGUUGCAAGCUCUCCUUCCUCUUCCGGCCCCCCGCUGGAGCGCCCUGGAGAGCUUGCUCGCGGGCUAAGAAUAGAUGAUAUAUUUACUGUGUUUACUAAUAACUGGACAAACGAGCAAAAAAUCAUACCUUUUUAGCGAGCUGCAUUUACCAGUAAGGUGCAUAGCACAGCUCGUAGAAGUCAGCUCAUGAAAUCUUCGGCCCGUAAAAUUUGAUUUUUAUCUCCCAAUGUUCGCCGAAGAAAGGAUCAAAGUGUUAAUCGAACUGAUUUGUUCAGUUCGGAGGUGUUCGAGUUGACCAGAAUCCGAUCAUCGCAAAAAAAUUUUUCAUUUCAGCAGGAGGGCAUACUCCUUUAAUUGUUUUUUUAUCGGAUUUUAGCCCCGCUUGCAAGGAGAAUUACCCGCGUAUAAGGGUAAAUAGUCAGCCAUUCUUAACGCGAGUUUAAUAGGGUUCAGUUAAAACCUAAUCAAUUAAUGGGGCUGUGUCAUGGCUGUCUAUUUCAUUUUGUUAACAGUGUCAAUUUAACUUAAAUUUUUAUUCGCUAAGAAAUUUGAGAAGUUACUUACAUAUGACAAAAUCACAGCUUCAUGUUAAACGAAUAUGCCUCCCAAGCCUUAUUUCAAACGUUACAAACAACAAAAAUGAACUUUGAGAAACUAUGAGGGUAACAAGUUUUCUAAACCACACUUAGCCAAUCCGUUUCAAUCUUCUUUGAGUUUGUCCAUCCGUGCCUGUUUUUGUAUUUGCUGUGUUAUUAAUACCUUCAUUUAACGUUUUGGGCGGUUAUUUUUUAUGUUUCACUUAAUUUGGUGGCUGUUCCCACUACGGUAUUUGGGAAUUUUGAUAAAUUUCGUGAAAAAGCUCCUUUAAGGUGGGAUAACUUGAUUCCGACGCGAGGCUGCCAAGGGUGUAAUGAUGAUAUUUUAUUACGAAUGUAAGCAAAUCCGUAGUUGUAAGCAGGCUAAUGCAAUUUCUGGCUCUUCCGGCCUGUUUUCGCAUUUUGGCACGAAUUAAACUGUGGCUUGAUCCGGAUUGAUAUGACAUUUCCUGAAGUGUUGCAGGUACGUUUCUCUCAUCACCCAAGGGUAACCCGAUCCCUCAAGGAUAACCAUCCCCCUACCUUCAUCCUUGUCAAUAUGACCUGUAAUUUGUUCACCCACGAAAUACUUAAAGGUUCUUAAGAACUAGUUUAAACAACAACAACAACAACAAAAAAUUUGCCAUUGCUUUGCAGAUCGAACUUGAAUUUGGAAGUGUUGUUAUUUAAGGAGAGAGGAAAACCGGAAUAGCCAAAGAAAAACCUCUCGGGGCAAAGGAGAGAACCAAAAUCAACCUCAACCCACAUAUUACGUCAACGCUGCGACUCGAACCCAGACCACAUUGGUGGACGGCGGGUGCUCUCACCACUGCGCCACCUUUAAAAAUUUGCUCCCCCGCUUACCUAGCCUGCGUAGCACGCCCUUGGAAGUAUUUGGGUGAAAGAAAGAACGGGUGCGCGCGAGAGAGAUACACGGGGGGACACGUGUCUCCCUCGCGCGCCCCGUAUUUUUUUUGCACCCAUUACUUCCAAGCGCCUGCUACGCAGGCUACUGCUUACCCUAACUUUGUGUCUUUUUUUUUACAGAAACUUCUGCUCCAGUUGAAUCAAGUCUCCACUUCACACCCGAAGGAAAGAUUUGACUUGUAUCAUAAACUACAGAAUCUCUUUGACAAAUGGAUGUUUCAUUUAAGGUAAGUUUAUUUUCAUGUAACCUAUUGUCGAUGUUCAGUCCAGUUGAUCACAAAUAAAUUCCCAAUGAUAAAUCGAACAAAAAACGCAUCAGAGACUCCACUAUUUGGCCUAAAAGACCAGAAAACAAUUGGGACCCGUUUCGGACCGGAAAGUGCAGUGAAACCUUUCCUUUGGGACACCUUUAUUCAAGGGACAGAAAGUUUGGUCCUCGAAAAAUGUUCAUAUAAUCUUUGUUUCACUUACCUCUACUGAGGGGACACCUCUAUUCAGGGCAAGGGGACACUUUUACCUCCAUUUAACCUCCAUUAAGGGGACACCUUAGCACUGGCUCUAAACUUCACCCACCACAAAAAGGGUUGAUAAGCUAAAGCAUACCAUUAAGAAAGACAGUUUGCUAGCUUAUGUACUAAACGUUUUCGGAAUUUUAGUGGGUCGGUAUUGUAGUGAAGCGGUAAGCGAGAGACAUUAGGAUGUUUGAACAUACAAAACGUCAAGUUAAAGUGUUUUUCUUUCCAGAAAUGCGUUUAUAUUUUCUUAUCUUUAUCACCGCAGUUUGCUUUUUGUUUCUUCUUAGGAUACGAAAGGUCGGGGUUCGACCUUGGGCUGCAAUCUUCUUUCUUUUUUAUGGAAACACUCUUAAUAACAGGUCUAAGUGUCUUAAAAAUGGCAGCAACCGUUUACGAAAGGGAAAUUUACCUUGGCUGCACACUCCCUCCCAAACUGUCUUUAAAUGCAUCCCCGGAUUGUGAAUUCGCGCUGAAUGUGGAAUAGACCGCGAGCGGUCGUCCUUCGUUUCUCUGAGCCAUGCGCGAUUACGUUUACGAUACAUUAUUUCCACAGUUUGUUUAAUCGUCUUUUGCCUUUCUUUUCUUUUCUUUCUUGUUUUUUUUUAGAAAUGGCUUUAACAUUCUUCUCUAUGGCUUGGGAUCUAAAAGAGUUCUUCUUGAUCAAUUUCGUUCCUCAAAACUUUCCUCAUAUCUUCAAAUUGUAGUCAAUGGCUAUUUUCCGAGUCUUACCAUUAAAAGUGUAAGUCUUCUGUUCAUUUUUCGUUGGUAUUGCAACUUGUUAGCCUAACAGGUUUUUUAAACUUCGUUUUUGCUGUUUGUAAAGCUAGACAUAAUGUUUGGGGGAAAUUUGUUUGAACAGUGAUAUCAUCACUAAUAUGGUCGUUGAAGCUAAUUUCCAUAGCAAAUAAGGACGCAUAAUUGGCAGUAUAAACAAAAUAACUAGACUGCCUAAUGGCGCCGUGGAGCUAUUUUAUGGAAAACAGAGUACCUAAAUACUUAACGAGAAACCACUUUGUAUUUUUUUAAAGGUUCUGAAUUUAAUAACAGAGGAGGUUUUAAUGCAUGAUGGCUCAUUCAAGAGUGUGACAGAUCAGUGUGAUUACAUAAAACAUUCUCUGAGCAAUAAUAAAAGUAAGUUACUCUGUUGUGGAUCAUUUGUUACACGUACAAGUAUGAAGGAAAUCAUGGUUUUAAUCACUAGUAGUAUAAAAUUUCGCUAAUUUGACGAACAGUUUGAUCGAAUUUGAAUAAGAUCAAAAUUACCUUGCGCUGGAUAAGGCACAGGCAACCCAGGGCCUGUGUUAUUAUUGCCACUUGACAAAUCCUGUAAAAUUACAGUGUUUGUAUGGGGUAAACUUACGAUCCUAAAAUUUGUAGGGAAUACUAAAUAAAAGUCAAACUUGCUCUGCAAAAUUGUUGUUGCCUUUAAGUAAUGAUCCAGGUAAGAAGGAAAGCAAUUUCUAUUGUUGUGGCGCAAUACGCUUUCCUCACAUAGAAAUGUUUUCAUUUUUACGCAGAGAGUGCAUAAAUCUACAAAAAGGCUGUUUACGAAAGAAAAUGUAUUUAAACUCCACUUUUAAAGGGUGUAUUUUUGUGUUAAAACAUUUCGACCAAUCACAAGAGUUGCAAACAAUGGCCAAGAAAUGUUCAAAUUUUACAUGAUCCGCACAUACGAUUUCAGUGUUUGAUUUUGUUAUAAGGAAGUUGGAUAGAAAAAAAAGGAUUGAUGUACAUGCUGCUUUGCGAAGAUUUCGUAAAAUUUGAUGUUUAAACCAAUCAGAACCUUAGUAGAGACAAUAGUAAAGUUAGCACCUUUUUGCAUUCCGACGUGUUCACUGCGUUUUGGUCCUUUCCUUCUUAUCUGGACCAUUACUUAAUACGUCACACAAAUUUUGCUGUGUUUUGAUUGGUUAAUAUGCCUUUCUGGAAUCCGAAGGUGUAUACAUAUUCAUCGUAACGUAGUCCCGCCCGGCACCACUCAAUCUUCAUGUAUGCUGCAAAGAUUUCAGUCACCUUUCUGUUUUAUGUUGAGCUGAAAGUAUCAUCAAAACACUGUAAAAUGAUCGAUGAAGAUGAGCAAAAUUGUAAAUCUUCAUUUUUCUGUUUCUUUUAGAUGCAGAGGAGUUAUUUUUAGUUAUUCAUAAUAUUGAUGGUUCUAUGUUAAGAGCCAAGAAGGUGAGUCUCCAUUCUGUAUAAACUCUAUUUCUCUGCCUCCUUUCGCUUUUGUAUCAUGAUAUCAAGAAAACACUUGGUGCGGCAGUCUGCUUUUCCUGUCCUAAAAGUUUAUUCGAAAAUAGGCCCUGUCUACAUUAAUCCUUUUUCGAAAACCUCCUUUUUCGUGUUAACAAAUAUGCAUCAAAAUUUUAGCGUCCACACUUGCGUUUCUGCGACGUUUUUACCGUCUUCCACACUUCCAGGCAUUUUUCGUUUCUAAGCUAUUCUUGGACGUGUGAAUUUCUCGGUGCUCUGUCUUUAAUAGCGCUUGCAAUACUCUCGUCUAUUUCCGCCAAUUUUAAGCUUGAACACGUGACUGAUUAGUUUCUACGAAGUCUGCAUCUUCAAGAACCACCUAACCUGGCACCAGGCUCCUUAGGUGGGAGAAAGGGCGAAUAACGGGGCAAGCGCGAAACGAGCGGGCGGUUGAGAAGGGAGCUUAUCGAUUUUGUGCGCGUCGUUAGUCGCCUUUUUUCAUCAACAAUGAGCCCUGUCGUCCCAGUCUAAGAGGUUGUGAUCGUUUUUAGCUUUGCCUUUGUUCACUUUUUUCAAACGAAGACACGUUAGAAGGGUGGACAGAGGGUCUUUGCUAAAAAUUGCUAUAGUCAGCGCUGACCAAGUUUAGCGGUGUAUAAUGAUUGCUUUAAAUCAAAGGAAGAUAAAAGUUGCACCAAGGAUAAAAUUUCAAAAACAACAAGAAGAAAAUGAUUAUUUUCUCUGUUUCAGACUCAAACGCUCCUUAGCCUCCUUGCAGAAGUAGAUAACCUUCAUAUUAUUGCCAGUAUUGACCACAUCAAUGCGCCUCUUAGUAAGUACUAGAUUAUAAAAUCGAACCUCCAUGUGCGACCAGCUAUAAGCGACCUCCUAUCCAAAACAACAGAAUUUUCGCUGUCAAAGCCCUACGGCUCGAACCUUUAGUAGGCGACCGCGACCGACUUGUAGGUAGACUAUAAACAGUCUCUCUUUUGCUUUAGAUUUAGUGAGGGGAGUGCACGCGCACGCUCGCGCGAGGCGCGAGAAACCAGGGUUUUCGUGUCUCGCGCGUUUUGCUCAACCCUCCUAAACCAACUAACAUAAAAAGACGCUGUCGUGGUCUAACUUGUCGGGGUGACGAUUAGCCUUGUACUGCACCGUUACAACACUUAGUGUGGAUGACGGACGUGUAACUUCUGUGUCUGUUAAUGAUCUUUCAGUUUGGAAUCACACUCAGUUGGGCCGUUUUAACUGGUCGUGGUUUGAUGUGACGUCAUUUGAGCCUUAUAAGGAAGAGACUUCGUAUGAAAAUUCUCUACUUGUGCAACACACCGGCGCGCUGGCUUUGAGCUCAUUGGUUCAUGUGUUCCGCAGUUUAACGCCUAAUGCCCGCGGGAUUUUUAUCCUGAUAGCGGGACAUCAGCUUGAGGAGAAGGAUAACAAUAGUUAUAUAGGUGAGAAGUUUGUGAAUAGUUCUCUAGACCGUGAGCAGUAUGUUAUUGCUAUUUUUUUUUUGAAUAAAAAGAUAAAUAAGCUCCAGUCUUUAUUAAUUCCUAAAAAAAUCGUUCCGGAUUACAAUUGACAAUCAGGUAAAAUUGAAAAGACUUCUAUUAAUAAAACAAUAAUUUGAGGUAGUACAUAGGAAUGACCACUAUUCCUUAGCAAUCUUGUUCUACUGGGUGGAAGGAGAUCUGCCAAAGGGCUUCAGUAUCAGUAGAAUUUGUGACGCUCUUUCAUAAGUUAUUAUCUGAGGCCUCUAGAAGUCUUAAAAUGGGCGUGGUCUCCUACAGAAAGCCAAAACAAACUGCUCUCUUCUGAAACUUAUCAAUUUUAGGAAGAUACUUAUCCUUUACUUAACCUUAUACUUCUACUGUAGUGCAGUGGCAUGCGUAACACGCGAGGAGAGCGUGGCGAAGUUUUAUUGUUGUCUUGUUUUUGUUCAGGUAUGUCAUUUAAUUCUUGUUACUCCAAAUGCCGGGAACAGUUUUUGGUCAACAGUGAGUCGACACUGAAAGCUCAGCUAAUCGAAUUCCGCGAUCAUAAACUUAUAACUUCCAAAAAGGUGAGUAAAUCAGUGCAGUUGUAGUGUUUUCACCCCAGUGGGAGAGGCACUCCUCCAUUUUCAUAACCUUUUUCAGGCGCAGGGCCUGUUUCUCAAAAGUCCCGAUAAGUACAAGCCCGGAUUUUGUUCCGAUUUUAUAUUUUAGGUUUCCAAUUUUUCAGAUAUCUUAAAGUAUCAGUUAACAAAAAGAAAUUGGUUUGUCUUUUGGACUUUAAAGGAUUCAACAGUAUUUUUUAGGCCCGAAUUUAGUUACAUGUUCUUAGAGAAAAGAAAACUUUGUUUUAAAAUUUGUCUAAUCCUAAAGGCUUAAAGUAUUUUUAACCAUCUAUCGAUGGGGAGGGAAGAAAACCGUGUUAAAAUUUGGCCUAAUCCUGGGUUAAACUUAACCAUCUAUCGAGGAAAAACCGAGCCCUGGUCUCUAAAAUCCAUACUCAUUUCACACCUGGGGCCCGUUUCUCGAAAGUGCUGUAAUUUUUUUCUUGCGGAAACGUAUUUUUGCUGAUCGCUGGAAAGAAAUCGCAAAAAUUGGAACCUGCAAACAUUUCGUGCCACAUGAUGACCAGUUUGUGAACACAGCACCAUGUUGUGCAUCAAAUGUCUCUACUGAAAUUUACUGAAGUAUAUGUAUAAUGUAUGUUUUACCACUCACUUUACAAUGACUGAAAUGUACUCAUAUUCUCAGGGUGGCGAUGGUGUGGAAUAUCUCUACAUUCCUGUGGACUCAGCAACUUUGAAACAGUUUAUAGAAGACCAACAAAAUAACAAUGUAGGGUGAAGACUAUGUUUCUCUGUCAUCUUGAAAAUCCCUUGGAAUCAGUU